AAUUACAGACACAAAACACCAAAAAGGAGUCCCCAUUCGAUCUCACUCUUUCUCGCCCAGCAACAACCAUGGCGACUGCAGCCUUUGUGUCUGUAAGCCCUUUCGCCACUUCCACUCCCCGAUCGUCUCCCUCCAUUUCCCAUCUCUCACCUCCUCGAACCAUCAAAUUUCCCACUUUUUAUUCCAAUUUUCUCAAUGAUCUCUCCACCACUGUCUCCCACGCGCCGUCACGUGCUGCAAUUAUUCUCCCUCGAGCAACCGCUACACCGUCCUACGCCGUUUCUUCAAGCACCGUAUUUCACGGCUUCUGCUAUGUCGUCGGAGACAACAUCGACACGGACCAGAUUAUUCCGGCUGAGUACUUAACCUUGGUCCCUUCAAAUCCCAGCGAGUACGAGAAGCUCGGAUCUCACGCCCUAGUUGGCCUUCCUUCCUCUUAUUCCACACGCUUCGUGGAAUCUAACGAGAUGAAGACCAAAUACAGUAUCAUAAUUGCCGGCGACAACUUCGGUUGCGGUUCUUCACGGGAGCAUGCGCCGGUUGCGUUGGGAGCAUCCGGUGCGGUGGCUGUGGUUGCUGAAUCGUAUGCGCGUAUAUUCUUCAGAAACUCGGUAGCGACUGGAGAGAUUUAUCCCUUGGAAUCGGAAAUUAGGAUCUGCGAUGAAUGUAAGACUGGCGAUGUGGUGACUAUAGAGCUCGCAGAUAGCCGCUUGAUCAACCACACGAGGGGGAAAGAAUACAAGCUCAAGCCUAUUGGGGAUGCAGGUCCUGUCAUCCAGGCUGGAGGGAUCUUCGCAUAUGCAAGGAAGACGGGUAUGAUUCCAAGCCAUGCGCAGUGAAGUUGAAUUUAAGAUUGUAGUGAUCGUUUCUUGUUUGUUUGUUGGAGUUAUUUCUCUGCUUGCUACUGAGCUUAGAAUUCUGUAGAACUGUCUGUCUUUGAUAACAAUAAUGAAUCAACAAUUCGGACUGAAUUUAGGAAGCAAAAAUGAUUGCUCUUAGAAUUGAAGUCUGAAAGGAGUCUUGUGUUGUUAGCUUAGCUUCUUUAGGAGGAGGCAUUGUGUCAACAUGUAUUACAUGUUUUGGAAAGUUUGAUUUUGAGAUGUUAUAUUUUUCAGUAUUUGCUUCU